UAAAGUCCUUGUCCUAUGGAGAGUUAGGCUUAUUUGUUUGACUGAGUUGGGAUCGCCUGUAUUAGUCCAAGUUAGAAUAUACGUGUUCCUAUCGAGUUUUGGAAAAAAUAGGAAAACGUAGAAGAAAGGUUUAGGAAAAUGACAAAACGGGAUUUCGUGGAAACAUAGAAUGAUAUAUAUAAUAAUAUAAAUGUUUAGUUUUUGGUAAAUUAUAAUAUAUGUAUAUAUGUAUGCUAGACUGGGUCACCUAAUUAAUUUUCGUUUUGACCGCCACGCUCUCCAUUAGAACCUUCUUUUUGAAAAAAAAACGAAAAACAACCUACUCAACCCACGCUUUCUAUUUCUAUUUUUCCAACCCCCCACCAAUGUUUUAAUCCUAUCACAAAAUAUCAUAUGCAUCUCCACUUUCUUAUCCCUUUUACAUCACCGUCUCACACCCUCUUCAACCCCCCUCAAGAAAAAAAAAAAAAAAAAAAAUGGAUCCCAAUAAUCUGUACCAAAAUCUGGCCUUCCUGUUGAUUGUCACUUUUGUCUUAUUAAUCCAUGUUCCAUCGUCUUCGUUCGCUGACAAUUACGCCGACUGUGGCAAACUCUUCAACUGUGGAAGUAGUAUCCAGAAUAUAAGCUAUCCAUUUUGGGGCUCCGAUCGGCCAGAACAGUGUGGCCACCCAAAGUUCGAAUUACGCUGCACCGACGGAGUCACAGAGAUCUCAAUAAAUACCGAAGCUUAUCGAGUGCUUGAAAUCAAUGAGGAUACGCGUACUCUUUCGGCUGUUAGAGCGGAUUACUUUGGAGAUGUUUGUAAAACAGAGCUCCGUAACGCCACCUUAUUAGAUACCACCGUGUUUAAUUACGCCUCAGAUACUCAACCACUGACGCUGUUCUAUAUAUGUGAUUCCGUUGCUACCAGUAUUCUACCCCAUUUCAAUUGCAGCGAGUCCGGAGGAUCAAAUACUGUUAAUUUCUACUCUGUCGCAAACCUCAGCGGGACACCGGGCAACAUCCCUAGCGAACUUGGAAGGUGCGAGGGAAGUGUGGUACUCAAUAUUUCCCAAACACAAGCCGCCACUUUAGGAAACCUUGAGACUGCUUCGAAUGAGACUCUCAUAAAAGCGGUGGUGGAUGCUGGGUUUAGUUUGGUAUGGAAUGCCAACGAUUCUUUGUGCGAUGGCUGUGUAAGCAAUGGUAGCCGCUGUGGCUACAACCGGGGCUCUGAAGAAUUCGUCUGCUAUCAAAAUCAAAACACAGGGAGUAGCAACAAGCUUUCAGUUGGAGAAGGCAUUGCAGUAGGAGCUGGUGGCCUUGCAGUCAUUUUCAUAGGAUUCUAUAUUUGCUUUUUCUUACACAGAAGGAAGAAGCGUGCAAUGCUAGCUAAGAGCAAAGACCUUCCAACACCCCCUUCUAGCAAAAGCCUUCCUGUUACCUCAAUGAAUUUCUCCCAAAGCAUCCCAUCGUAUCCCUCCUCUAAGUCUGACCUUGAGAAAGGAAACUUUGAGAAAGGAAACCUUGAGAAAGGAAGCACCUACUUUGGAGUUCAGGUCUUCACCUACGCUGAAUUAGAGGAAGCCACUGACAAUUUCAACCCUUCUAGGGAACUUGGAGAAGGAGGCUUUGGCACUGUUUAUUAUGGCAACCUCAGUGAUGGCCGUGUAGUUGCAGUUAAGCGUCUUUAUGAAAACAAUUUCAAACGCGUUGAGCAGUUCAUGAAUGAAGUUGAGAUUCUAACCCUUUUAAAUCACAAAAACCUUGUGAAGCUGUAUGGAUGCACCUCAAAGCGUAGCCGAGAACUCCUCCUAGUAUACGAAUAUAUUCCUAAUGGAACAGUGGCUGAUCAUAUUCAUGGGAAACGAUCAAGCACUGGUUUGCUCAGUUGGCCUGUUAGAAUGAACAUCGCCAUUGAGACAGCUGAGGCUUUGGCUUACCUCCAUAAAAAGGAUAUUAUACACCGUGAUGUCAAAUCCAACAACAUUCUCCUAGAUAACAACUUCUGUGUCAAAGUGGCCGAUUUUGGUCUGUCACGAUUGUUCCCCAAUGAUGUCACUCAUGUCUCAACUGCUCCACAAGGAACACCCGGCUAUGUUGAUCCUGAGUAUUACCAGUGCUACCAACUUACUGAUAAGAGUGACGUCUAUAGCUUUGGGGUGGUCUUGGCUGAGCUUGUAUCAUCGUUACAAGCUGUGGACACCAAUAGGCACCGACAUGAUAUUAAUUUGGCCAACAUGGUUGUUAGCAAAAUUCAAAAUCACUCAUUCGGUGAGUUGGUUGAUCCUGCCCUUGGAUUCGAAAUGGAUGAUGCCAUAAGGAGAAUGACGACAGCUGUAUCAGAACUUGCUUUCCGUUGUUUGCAACAGGAGAGAGACAUGAGGCCUUCCAUGGAUGAAGUGGUUAAGGUUUUGAAAGCAAUAAAGAAUGAAGGGUUCGAAUUGGAGAAAGUAGAAGUCGUGGAUAUUGUGGCAGAUGAAAUUGGGCUUUUGAAGAAUUUGCCUCCACCACUUUCACCAGAUUCUGUUGUGGCUGAUAAAUGGGUUAGCAGCUCUACUACACCUAGUUCCUUUUAGCACAUGGGAUCCUUCUUUUACCUUUUCCUCUUUUCUUUGGGCUCCAAUUUCUAUACCAGGUGGUAUAAGUAUUGUAUGUUACACUCAAAUACAUACUAAAUCUUUAGGAUGUCAAUAAGUUGUUCCAACCUUCUCAGCCUUGCCAUGUGCUUGUUUUUGUUGACUUUACUAUUUUAUUCAGGUUAGGCCAUGUAUAUAAUCAAUGCAGCUGUCUACACUUAUAUUCAUAUUUGGCCUGUAAAGCUUCGGUGAUUGACAGACAUAUACCUUUUGGAGACUUUUGAUAUAUUUUUUUUCUAUAGUCAUUAUUUAGUAUCUUCUCUUGGAUAA